GAUGUGGGGAGGGCUGGGGUGUCUCGGCUGGGUGAGGAGGGGGAGCAGCUCCUUGGCCGCUGCGUCUCCCGCGAGUGGCGAUGGGGUGGCCGGAGAGAGCUCCCGCCUCUCCCUGCCAUGCCGGCCGCCCGGCCCCUCGGCCCCUCGGCCCCUCGCCUCUGCAGGCCCAGGACCCCGGCGCCUUUCCCCUCGCAGCGCCGGCUCCGCCGCCCCUGCCCGGCCCACCCGCCGCUGGUUCCGGAGGCCGUGAGCUCCGGUCCGUACCUGUCACCACGGGUGUCUUCCAGCCCCAGGCUCAGGGAUUCCCCUCCCAAGCCCCAGAAUCCCAGAAUCCAAGGCUGGCACUGAUGGACGUCGAAGGACCAGGCCCUGGUGGGAAAGCUGCUCUCCUGGCCAGCCCCUCACCCUGCCUGGUCCCACAGAGUACAAGACUCACAGGGCCAUGGCCUGGAGAGGAGAAGGAGCUCGUCACACGCCCAGGCCUGGGGUUCAGCCAUCACCCUGAAUGGCAGCACAGCGCACCCCUCACCUCUGCAGAGAGCUGACUGCAGAGCUCGGACCCCCGGCCACCGUGGGGCCUGUGACACUGAGUCUCUUACAUGUUGAGCCUGAAGCCCAGAGGGUCACUGUCCCGGUCUGUGUAAUGAACCAGGAAUUCUGGUCCUGACCCAGUAACAACACAACACAAUACAUGGGGUUUCGUUUCUCCAAAUCCAAGCAAGUAUAAACUAGCAGGUUCAGCCUAAAGAUGCUAUAUAGGGUUAAUUCUGUCUGAAAGACUCUUUAUCAAGUUCCAGACAUUUUCUUCAAUCAGACCUCAUUUUAUAACCCACCAGCCACCUCUGACAUCUGAACAGCAAUCCCGAGGUGCUCAGCUGAGCAUCUGCAACCCCCACUAUGGCCCCUCUGCCAGGGGACCAGACAUGCACAUGUGCACACGUACACACAUGUGCACAACCCCACACACGUGUACACGCAUGUGUAUACACACACGUGCACGCACACACCAUCAUACACACACGUGCUCGUGUACACAC